CCACUUCUCUACACUCUGAAAAGAUAAACCAAAGCAACAAGCAGAAGACCAGCCCCUGGAGAGACUUCUUUUUUUGCACCUCGUGUAACAUCUGACUGAUCAGUGAUACUUGAACAAUGUUGUGCCCAUGGAAGCAGUUCACAAACCGAGGGCUCAUUAGGAAAAAAACUGCAUUUGAUGUAACCGAUCUGAACAACAAUGAACCCAAAAAUGAGAAGCAUCUCAGUGAGUUGAAAGAAGAGGACACCAAAUCCAAUGGCACAAAAAGUGAUAUGGCCGAAAUAAAAGUAGGAUUACAAAAGGGUGCUCCGGAAAACCAUAGUAAUUUGUGCAAAAAAGUGGCUUGUCCCAAAUAUCUGAAGCUAAGAAACUAUGAGAAUGGAAAGAUUUUGCAAGACACAUUACAUCUCAAUGCAAAACAGAGCCUCAGUUGCCAGUCAUCUGUUUGUCAUGGAUCAAUAAUGUAUCCUAAGUGCUACGUGCGAGGUCCAAGGGAUAAGGCAAUACCUCAGGAUGUUCUAUUACCUCAAGCAGUGGAGUUUAUUAAUCAAUAUUACAAGUCUUUCAAAGAACCCCAAAUAGAAAACUACCUUAAUAGACUGGAAACAGUCACCAAAGAUAUUGAACAUACGGGAACCUACCAGUUAACAUACGAUGAGUUGGUAUUUGCAUCGAAACAGGCGUGGCGAAAUGCCCCCAGGUGUAUAGGACGGAUCCAGUGGAGUAAUUUGCAGGUGUUUGAUGCCCGGGACUGCAAGACAACUCAAGAAAUGUUCCAGCUCAUCUGUCGUCAUAUAAAAUACUCCACAAAUGGUGGUAAUAUAAGGUCAGCGAUUACCAUAUUUCCUCAGCGUACUGAUGGGACACAUGACUUCAGAGUCUGGAACAGCCAGCUGAUUCGGUAUGCAGGGUAUGAAAUGCCCGAUGGGGUAAUCAUUGGAGAUCCUGCCAGCAUAGAGUUUACAGAGCUAUGUAUGCAGCUUGGAUGGAAGCCAAAAUAUGAGCGAUUUGAGAUUCUCCCUCUGAUACUGCAGGCAAAUGGAGAGGAUCCAGAAUUAUUUGAAAUACCUAGAGAUCUAAUACCUGAAGUUAUAAUGGAGCACCCAAAAUUUGAGUGGUUUAAGGAUCUCAACCUGAGGUGGUACACGCUACCUGCAGUUUCUAACAUUAUGCUCGAAGUUGGAGGCAUUGAAUUUACAGCCUGCCCCUUUAAUGGCUGGUACAUGGGGACAGAAAUUGGUGUUCGAGACUUCUGUGAUGUUCAGCGGUACAAUGUGCUGGAGGAAGUUGGAAGGCGGAUGGGUUUAGAAACUCACAAGCUUGCGUCUCUGUGGAAAGACUACGCAGUUGUUGAACUUAAUUUAGCCGUUCUAUACAGCUUUCAGAAAAACAAUGUGACCAUAAUGGAUCAUCAUUCUGCUGCCGAGUCUUUCAUGAAGCAUAUGGAGAAUGAAUACCGGUUAAGGGGAGGAUGUCCAGCAGAUUGGGUCUGGCUUGUUCCACCAAUGUCAGGAAGCGCUACUAAAGCGUUUCAUCAGGAAAUGCUCAAUUACAUUCUGAAUCCAUUUUACUACUAUCAGAUUGACGCUUGGAAAACUCACAAGUGGCAUGACGAGAGCCGUAAACCAACGAAGAAGGAAUUCAAACUGAGUGUUAUUUUCAAGGCAGUUCUUUUUGCUUCAGCACUUAUGCGGAAAACUAUGGCUGCCAGGACGAAGGCAACUAUACUCUUUGCAACUGAAACUGGGAAGUCUGAGACAUUUGCAAAAAAGUUGCACAUAUUAUUCAGCUAUGCCUUUAACACUAAGGUGGUCUGUAUGGAAGAUUACAAUAUUGGAAACUUGGAUAAAGAAUCUCUUCUCCUGGUGGUUACAAGUACAUUUGGGAAUGGUGACUGUCCUAGCAAUGGAGAGAAAUUCAAGAAAUCAAUUUUCAACUUGAAGAAAUUGCAAGACAAAUUGAGGUAUGCUGUUUUUGGACUUGGCUCCAGCAUGUAUCCACAGUUUUGUGCAUUUGCCCAUACCCUAGACCAGAAACUGGCACAGCUUGGUGCCAACCAGAUCAGCCCUACAGGUGAAGGAGAUGAACUUAGUGGGCAAGAGGAAGCUUUUCUGUCAUGGGCCAUCCACACUUUUAAGGCUGCCUGUAAAGUGUUUGAGAUUUGUGGCAGACAAAAAAUUACCUUGCCAAAAUGUUAUACCUCAACAGAAGGCUGGAUUCCAGAAAAUUAUCGUCUUGUAAAUGAAAGUCAUCCUUUAGAUCACAUCAAAGCCCUCUCAAAACUGCAUUCAAGAAGUAUCAUAAAAAUGACCCUAAAAUCUAAAGAAAAUCUGCAAAGCUCUAAAUCUAGCCGUGCCACCCUCCUAGUGAAACUUUCCAGUGAGAAUUACCAGGAAGUUCAGUAUCUGCCAGGAGAACAUGUUGGUGUAUUUCCUGGCAAUCAGCCAGAGCUAGUUAAUAGCAUAAUUGGACUUCUGAAGGAUGCUCCCGCAAUCAAUCAGGACAUCCGGCUGGAGACGCGCAGUGAACAAGGUAACUUCUGGACAACCAGUGAGAAAAUCCCUCCUUGCUCACUGUCCCAGGCAUUGACUUACUUCCUGGACAUAACCACCCCACCCUCCCAGCUGCUUCUGAAAAAGCUGUCUCUUCUGGCUACUGACGUGGAAGACAAACAGAGACUGGAAGACUUGAGCAAAGAUACAGAAAUGUACAAUGCAUGGAAAUCGUACAAUUAUCCAUCAUUCCUUGAUAUACUGGAGGAGUUUAAAUCUCUUGAAGUACCUACUACAUUUUUGCUGACUCAGUUACCAGCACUUAAGGCACGGUACUACUCUAUAAGCUCCUCCAAUGACAUGACACCUGGUGAGAUUCACCUCACCGUCGCUGUUGUAAACUACAGAACGAAAGGAGGCCAUGGUCCACUUCACCAUGGGGUUUGCACUACAUGGUUUAACACUUUGAGCCAGAAUGAUAUAGUUCCUUGUUUUAUACGGAGCACAAACGCAUUCCAUCUCCCGACAAACCCAUUAUCGCCAUGCCUUCUGAUCGGCCCAGGAAGUGGAAUUUCUCCAUUCAGAGCUUUCUGGCAGCAGAGAUUGUAUGACAUUGAGAAAGGUAAAAAAGUCAACUCUAUGAUAUUGCUAACUGGCUGCCAGCAACCUGACAUUGAUGAAAUCUACAAAGAAGAGUUGCAAUACAUGAAAAGAAAAGGUGUUAUGCAAGACGUGUUCACUGCUUACUCGCGAAAGCCCGGACAAGCAAAGACAUAUGUCCAGCACAUUCUGGAAAAAAGUCUUGAAGAUGAAGUGUUAAGGAUUCUAUUUGGAAAAGACGGCCAUAUCUAUGUGUGUGGACAUAUUGAGAUGGCCAGAGAUGUCGCUUCAACAAUUAAACUGAUUAUUGCAAGAAAGAAGGGUUUGAAUGACGAGGAAGUGGAACAAUAUCUGACCCAGUUAAAGAGUGAAAUGCGUUAUCAUGAAGAUAUAUUUGGGGCAACAUAUAAGACACGGCAGCCCCAGAAUGGAAUACUAUCUCCUGAUAUAUCAUAUCACUGCCAUGAAUCGGUUGUUCCGCAAUACAGAAAAUUGUAACAUUUCCACCACAUAUCUUGUUUUAAAUCAUGAACAAGUAUAGAGGGAACCAAUUCAAAUUUAGAAAGCAAAAAAAUUCCUUCCGGGUUGAUUAAAACAAUUUACUUUCUGCAUGGACAGUACAUGGUGUGGAAAGCAAGAACCAAAAAAUAUCUCUAUAAAUACUGUUGGCUCCCUAAAAAUUGAAGUUAAAGAAUUCCAGAAUAUCCAGGACAUGUGCCUCCACAGCUCCAGAUGAUUGGUUUCCAAUGGAUCUUAAUCAAACAUGACUAUUCU